AGACGAAACCAGAGGAAAAGGGAUCUGUCUCAGGUCGGUACGGCAAUGGAUUCCGGCGCGGCGGUGGCGGGGGCGGGGGCGGGGGCGAGGGCGGCCGAGAAAUUGUGCCGGAGGUGCAAGGUGAGCUACGAUCCGUCGGGCAACACGCGCCUCUCCUGCAGGUUCCACCCCUCCUUGUUCGUCUGCCGCCGCCACGACGACCAGAAGAGGUACUACGAGCUCCGCGACGGCGACCCCCCCUACGCCGCCAAGUUCUACGACUGCUGCGGCGCCGAGGACCCCGACGCUCCCGGAUGCACCACCGACUUGCACCGCUCCUACGACGACGACGACUAAGCUCUGCUCUGCUCUGCUCGCUCCUCUUGUUUGUUUUGUUUCUCCAACAAAUUUUCUCAGUAGUUUGUAUAUAUAGUAGUGUGUCUCGCUCAUCUAGCUGCUAGCAGAGGAACUGCUACUUCAGUAAUAAAUAAAUAAAUAAAUAAAUAAACAAAUUGUGCUUGCUGGUGUUGACAA